CUCAAACAUACAGCUCGUUAAUGCUUAAAAGGCUUAUGUUUAUUCCAACCUCGCAUUAAUAAUACGCUGCACCUUCUUGCACUUUGCAUCGUUCAUUAUCCCAAAUGGUUUCCAUUAACUCCAUCACUAGCAUUAUUGUGCUUGCCACUAUUACCUUGGCUCAAAGUCUCGCAACAGCACAUCCACACAAUGCCCAACUCAAAGUAUACCCCAGACCAACGGAGAUGCCUACCAAAGGUUCAUUCUCCGUCAUGGUGCGAUCACCAAAGACCGAAUGGGUACCACUUGAUAUCUAUUUAGCGAAACUUUCUCUCAUCAACACUACGAGUGGGAGUGGCCAAAUACAAGAAUCUUCGAUGGCCUACUUCGAUUUCAGUGGCACAGUCGAUGUGGAAGUCACAUACAACCCAUCUGCUGUCCACUCAGCGGAUAUACGUCCCAACUCGUAUGGAAUUAUCCCCAAAGUGAGAGGCAAUACCUUGAAAUUCAGCCUCGUCCAACCCCGAAAUCUCGUAAUCCAAGUCAACGACGAGAUUUUCGACUGCUUACAGUUGUUCGCUGGCAGUAUCGAGACCAAUGUUCCCGCAGCCAACGAUACGGAUGUCAUUUAUUUUGGUCCAGGCAUGCACAGUGUCUCUGGGGGUGUGCUUCAAGUGCCUAGCGGGAAAACGGUUUACAUCGCCGGUGGUGGUGUUCUCACCUCCGGCGUCAACUUUACUAACGUUCAUGACGCAACUCUCCGUGGUCGAGGAAUACUCUACAAUACUCCCGGCGGCGCCAUCACAGUUGCUUACUCAGAAAGAAUUCUUAUCUCUGGAGUUACGGUGCUGAAUCCCAACGGGUACGCUGUGACAGCAGGCCAGGCAAAUCAACUCACGAUCGAGGAUUUCCACGCUUUUAGCUCAAAAGGAAACGGCGACGGUAUUGAUCUCUUCUCUUGCUCCGACACCUUGGUUGACAAUAUCUUCAUGCGGAACUCGGACGAUUGCGUCGCUAUAUACAAUCACCGCUGGGACUACUACGGCAACUCCUCAAACAUCACUUUGCAGAAUUCCUCGCUCUGGGCUGAUGUCGCGCAUCCGAUCAACAUCGGGACGCAUGGGAACACUGAUUCUCCUGAGACUAUGGAUGGGAUAGUCAUCAAGAACAUUGAUAUCCUCGACCAUCGUGAACCGCAGAUGCUAUAUCAAGGCUGCAUAGCCAUCAACCCCGGCGACAGCAAUCUGGUCCAAAAUGUUCUCAUCGAGGAUGUCCGGGUAGAAGAUUUCCGCGAGGGUCAAUUGAUCAAUAUACGAGUUAUGUUUAACUCGAAAUACAACACUUCGCCUGGGAGAGGGAUACGGAAUGUGACGAUUAGAAAUCUAACCUAUGAGGGCACGAAUGCCAAUCCGUCGAUUUUUGAAGGGUAUAGUGAGGAGAAGAGUAUUGAUGGAGUGACGUUUGAGAAUCUGGUUGUUAAUGGGAAGGUUAUUGCCGAUGCUAUGCAGAAACCUACUUGGUAUCUUGCGUCGGAUUUUGUGCCGAUGUACGCAAAUGACCAUACGAAGAAUUUGUUCUUUAAUCGUACUUUGUAAGUCAACUAUACAUAGUACAAGAGCAUCUGUUAAAUGAAUCUCUCGUGUGCUUUGAUACUUCCCCCCUUGUUAAUCCCAGACCGACUUUAACCUCGAUGUUGGUCGUGACGCUGUUUGAGCGGAGCCGUUGUGUCGUGCUGUG